UCGCCUUUUCAUCUCCCCCGCCACGUGUGACCAGUAUCCCUGCCGGCCAGGGCAUUUGAUUGAUUCUCGGGUUGAUAUUGCGGCAGACAGGGCUCGCCCACACAAUCCCUCUGUUGUCGCGAAAUCCCGCCCCGCGGAGCUAAUUGAUCAACUAAAACAUUGCCGGGCACUGAGGUCAUUCUCCGACUUCCAGCUCCGGUACAUCUAUGACCUGAGCGCAGUUUAUCGGCUAUAGCUCGCUUCGUUAGGUAUUUGGGUAUAUAUCUGAAUCUCGACCUGUGGUGUACAGCGUCUCAAGUGGCUCGUCUACCAGUGUCCUUCCUGUUCACUUCGUUUUCUACAACUAUCAUCGCCUCUUCUUGAACAUACAACACAACACAAGAGUAACACAGCACAACACCCACAAGAUGUUCACUCCCCACACCAACAGACCCAACAACAACCCCAUAGUCAUCCCCAGCGGCUCCGACAGCGACGCAUACAGCGACAGCGAGCUCAGCGAUAUGGAAGUCGACCCGCCGAGUCGGCCGCAUCGGCCCGGCAUGAGCAGAUUCGACGCCGCGCCGCCAUCCUCAAUGCGCUACCGUGCCUCCCAACCCCCCUACCACACUUCCCUCGAGCAGGAGAAGAAAGUGCGUAGUCGGCUGCGCGAGGAACGACAUGCUGCGUUGUCGGUGCUGACCGAUCGCGAGCUCUUGACUACCCAGGCGCUGGCUGCUCAGGAGACCCUCCCACAAACCCGCCGCCGCUUCCUCUCCAAACUAAUGGCCCCCGAGGACCCCGCCGUAGCGACCUCCCUGCGCGCCGACCGCUUCAUAAUCCAGCACCCGACUGCCGCAGGACACCACUCGAGCUCGGGCGUCGGACGAGCCGGCGAGGGCGGCCCUUCCUCGUUGACGUCGCCGCGGCCAGGCUCCUCGACGACGGUGCCGAUGAUCGUGCAGAGAGGUAUCGUCGAUGUGCAUGAUGAGGAUGAUGCGGGGUGGAGGAGGCCGACGAUGGAGGGAGGGCGAGAAGGAGGAGCUGGGACGGGGACGGGGAGUGUCAGAAAGACUGGAUUGAAUGACUGA